AUGGCUCGUCGUGCGUUCACCGAUCGCGAUCAUAGUCAGGCCCAGGAGCUUUUGGACAAAGUCCGACGUACGGCAAGCGAUAGGGAUAACGGUGAUGUCCUUUACAAUCCUCAGACUUUUGAGGCAUUGAAGCCUGCCCUUGGACACAAGUCAUUGACCCUGGCAUUCAUGCGGUCACGUCUAGAAACCAUCGACAAGUUGCAACAGGCCGUCAUAGACUUGGUGAAACACCGUCUCCAAGUCCAUGAUGUACAUCAUCCACCACUGAAUGUAACCAACAUGUCAUGGUGUAUCCCGCGAGAGCAUAAAGAAGAGCCCGCAUGGCGACUCCUCCUGGAAGAUCCACUGCUGUUUACUUCAGAUAUGCUCGAGAGCCUCAUCGCUCUCGAUGAGUGGACUGCAGAUACCUCAAACACUGGAGCAAAGUCGAACCUUCUCUACAUCCGCACUUUCCAGGUCCCCGUAGCGCUUCUACAACAGACUCUGGACAAUAUGUUAGAGGAUGGGUAUGGCACACACGAUCGAAUUCACUACUGGCAGAACCGUAUCUCUGAAGAAGGAGCCGCAGAAGACGGCACAGUGUACACAUUGCGAUACUGUGGCCAAACCACAGGCAGUCCUUGGGAGCGACAUCGCGGCGACAUGUACAAUCAGCUGCAGACAUUCCUUGGUCGACUUUUGAGAGUCCUUGGACAGACGGCUCAGGGUGUCAAAGUACUUACUAGUGCUAAGGUGCACACAGUCUCUGCUGCCCUAACACAAGCAUCCACCGAAAUUUCAGAUCUGCGAGAGCAAAUUCUGAUCGCCCUUUUUGGAGACGGUGCUCUCAAUACCCAGGCCGGAGGCAAGGAUGUGAUCACCUUGUACAAGGAAGAUCGUGAUAACUUCGAUCGCUUGCGCACAAAUACAACUGAGUCUAUGAUUCUUCGGCAAUGCAUGCCAUCGGUCCUGAACAAUGGUUCAGCAAUCAUGGUCACCAUAGGCUCAGACCUAGGUGAAGACCACGAGAGUGCGGAAGAUACUUUUUGGAUUGCAGGCGGCAGGUCUGCUGAUGCUGUUACCCGCAUCUACAACUUUUUCGCUAGUUGGGAGGGUCCUACAGCGUUAGAGUCAGUCAAUCCUAACGCGACUAGGAUGCUCGCUGGCAAUGGUCACUUUCCACUGGUAGAUCUGUUCCCGUGGUUCAGGAAGAGCGAAAAGGACUUUCUGAAAGCGUCGGACCUUCUUAGGCGGUACAUGAACGUUGCCAAGCCAAUGAUCGCUCUUGCAUAUGGCGAACGCCUGGUGUCAUUCCGAGACUUCACAGCCAGCGACUUUGGAUCAUGGGCCAGGAUGGGCUACAAUCAUGGCCGUGCGGCUGAGAGCGGCCAGCUGCUCUUGACUUACUUUGAUGGCAAGGACUCGAACCAUGAUCCCGAAACCGCCACUGUCCUGAUCCCAUCACUGCAUCCCGGGUUCCUGAGCCGAGCCGGUAUAGUCAAGGAGAAGGCAACCCGUGUCUUCGUCCUUACAUCUGCAGUUGCUUGGUGCGCGAUGUCAGCAGCAUUGCGUAUCGCGGAAGCAGGCAUGCCCACAAAUCGCGAGGUGUAUGCAAACAUGAUCAUUGAAAACGUCAACGCUGUCGCUGGACCAAGCACAGUAUUUGGAAAAGCCCUUGCAGCUGCUCGCAAAGAAUACGAUGAUUGUCACCGGGCUUAUGGUGAAGGACAGGCAAAGCGCAGAAGGGCACCGGAGCUGAAGAUUCCAACCGGGAUCUUAGCAACAAAGUCUAUCCGUGCUAAGCGCAAGCUGCGAUAUGCCGAAGCUUCCUCUGAUCAGUCAGCAGAAGGGAUUGGUGGCUGGGAAGUUGCUGUUGGCAAGGACGCUACCUUCGAACGUUCCCACGAACUCUACACGUUGACUUGGAAGGAAGAAGAUGUGUCUACCAUACUGGUCUCUAUGAGCGUCAGGCAUUAUGAGGAAGCGUAUGACUUCUUGGAACAUUGGGAAGACAGGACCGGAUUAUUCUUCGCGGAUGAGAUCAUCUCAGCACACAAACUGAAGACCGUUGAGGCUACUGGGGGCUAUAUACCGCUCUCAUUCUUCGACGGAUACUCCAGUCGCUUCGGGCUACCCUUCCCACCGGCAUCUCUGCUUACAGAUAAGACCAUGCCCAAGUUCGUUCCAAAGGUCCAAUCUGAUUUGCCUGCAAAUCCCAGUGAUCUACUGUGGCUGUUGGAGCAAUUCUUUCUGGAGACCUUCCCAAGCGGGGGAGACAUCGACCCUGUCAGUGUUUCUGAGCACCCUACGUAUUCUGUCUUUGGUAAGUUGAUGGACUUCGCAACCCGCAUCAAAUAUCAACACCAUCCUCACAUCAACACCAUCAAGGCGAUGGCACAUCUUUCAGAACAAGGUACCGAUGAGCGGCGUAUGUCUCUGAACAUACUGAUACUGUCUUGCGAGUUCUUGCGACCCGGAUACGUGUCAAAAGGCAAGCAGCUCGGUAGGACUCUGCCCGAUGGAACCAAACUUCGCACGAGUAGAGUUGUUCGGACCAUCAAUGCUGGACCUGCGCCAGCUACUAAUGUCGGUCUUGCGUCUAUCCCAGACAUGGAGCAAGAUGAGGAAGAGUUGGGUGAGGUGGAGGACUUUACGGACGACGAAGCUACCGACGAGCAUGACAACGAAGACAGCGAUGGUGGGGAUGGCAACGACGGUAGUGAUGGAGAUGAUGGCGAAGAUGGAGGAGAGUUGAUGGAUGUGGAUAGUGCGAAACGAGCGAAGCGCAAGCGUGACGAUGAGGACGAGGACGAGGACGGUGGAAAAGGCGCUUACUCCGAUAUGACUGACCGCAAGAGUCGAUUCGGAUUGCGGCGCACGAAAGCUAUGUGA